AUGCAUAGAGCCGCCAGUCGUCACGAUACUUAUUAUCCCCGUCAACAUCCUUACCCAGUGGAGGAACUGAGCGACGACAGUUUUGAUCACUUGCAGCCCCCACAACUACCACAAGUUAACUCACACAGCUCUGGCCAUCCCUAUCGCAGUUCUCUGUCGACACUUCCACUCUUAAAUAUUAACCAGAGCCUGGAACAAUCGCUACCUUUGCCACCAAUGCCAUCUCAUGGUGCUUUACAACGUGAUGGCAGCCUACUAACCCACCCAUAUCAAUCACUGCUGCGCACACUACUAGAUAACAAUAACAACCACCCAUCAAAACUCGAGAAACAGGAAUCGACCCAAGUUAAUGAUUUUGAAAUGUCUGAUUUUUCGAGACAGCCCAUGCCAGCACUAGAUCGGGAGCAAGAUGUCUAUGGUGGCUAUCGAAAUCCAUUUAUUGAAAAUGCAAGCCACCAGAGUGCAACAGAUUUACCUGAGCGCUCUACAACCAAUCCAUUUGAUGUUAAUGAUGAAUACAUUCCAGAGCCAAGUCGUAGAAUCAAAGGACCGGAAUACGAUUUGGAAAAAAAGAUGAGACACAAUGAACGAAAUCGGCUUCGUACACUUCGAAGCAAACCACGAUUCCAUUAUACUAAGCUACCGUACUUUACCAUGGUUGUUACCCUAAUACAGAUUAUAGUGUUUAUUGUGGAACUCGCAAAAAUGGCAAUACUUACUGGGUCCGGGUUUCAAACUAAACCAUAUUUUAACCCGAUGUUGGGCCCGUCGACGUAUUUGUUCAUCUACAUGGGAGCACGUUAUGUACCUUGUAUGCACCAAAUCAAGGGUGUCACCGAUGACACUUCUAUUCUUUUCCCAUGUGCCAAUUCAACCUCGGAAGAUACCUACACUUGCUCAUUGAGUGAUUUGUGUGGCUUAUCAGGAUUACCAACAUUUGACGAUGGAGAAAAAUACGCCCCUAAUCAAUGGUAUAGAGUGUUUAUUCCGAUUUUCCUCCAUGCGGGGUUCCUUCAUAUCAUAUUCAACUUGUUGUUGCAAUUAACAAUGGGUGCCUCAAUUGAGAGAAACAUCGGCAUUUUAAAGUACGCCAUCAUUUACAUAGCAAGUGGUAUUUCUGGUUUUCUUCUUGGCGCAAACUUUACGCCACAAGGAAUAGCCUCAACAGGGGCCUCAGGUGCCCUCUUUGGCGUAGUGGCUACGAAUAUAAUUCUUUUCAUCUAUACAGGAAGAAAGAAUACCAACAUGUAUGGCACAACCCACUACAAGCUAUUUAUAUUUUUCAUGGUUUGUGAAAUAAUCAUAUCCUUGGUGCUUGGAUUACUUCCCGGGCUUGAUAAUUUCAGUCAUUUGGGUGGGUUUGCCAUGGGUAUACUCACGGCAAUAUUGUUACUAAAAGAUCCAUUUUGGGUUUACAAGGAUGGAAUAAUUACAUAUGCACGCGAGCCAACCACAUGGCAGCAGUUUGUCAAUAACUGGAACCCCAUGUUUGCUUAUGAAGACAAGUUGCAGAUUCCAUUUUUGCUUUGGUGCGGUGCUCGAGUUGUUGCCUUGGCUUUAAUCAUUGUCUACUUUGUUCUUCUUUGCAAGAAUUUUUUCAAUGAUAAUUAUGACCUGUCUGAACACUGCAAAUGGUGCAAGUACUUUAACUGUAUCCCAGUUAAGGGGUGGUGUGAUAUUGGUGAAGUUACCGUUACUUCAGGUUCAUCAACUCCUACUGGAUCCUCCUCGACGGCCCAUCAAACAACGGUCCCAACUGAGGUGUAUUCCACAGCAGUUUAUACUACAAAUGCAGCGCAAACCACAUCAGAUAGCAGUAAUAGUGAGGGUUCUAAUGGUGGGUUCAAGAGACAGCUCGAUGCAUUUGAGGCAUCACCUGUGCAAGAUAGUAGCAGACAAGUGACUUCGGGGCAUUUUUCGCAGCAGUUUGGAGUUGGGGUUGGAUUGUACCUUACCAUAACCCUCCUUACCGUUGCCUUUAUGAAGAAAAAGAAGCUUAUAUAA